AUGCCGAUUAUAUCUGUUGGUGGUGAUAUCUCUCCAUUUACACCAGAAACAAGAGAUCAAAUUGAUGAAAUCUUUAACACUCCAAGUUUGUCUAUCACCAAGUUUGUUUUACCAUUUGAACCUGGCCAUUGUAUUGGUAAGGCCCAAAACUUGUUCAGGUUUAUAGAUGAGAAGAAGAUUGAAGAUUGGAAAGCCAACUAUGGUGGUCAAAAGAAGCGAGACAACCAUAUUUUGAAGAUAGAUACUUAA